AUUGGUUUGUCUAUGGUGGUAAAAUUGUUUUGUUAUUUCUUCUAUCUAGUUCUACUUAUCUAUGAUUUGUUCGUGGAGACUUGGGGAGUGUUGUGGGUAUUGUAUCUUUUUAGUCGGUGAAAAAAAAACAAGCUUCAUGCUAUAGUGCACAGUAGGGAUAAUACAAAACAAACAGUUCUCGAUUUGUAAUUGUAAGUAUUUAUUUUCACAAUUGAGAAUUUACGAAGUGUUGAAGUCAGAAAUGGAAACAUACCUGAAAAUUUUCCCAGAUGAAAAUAACCAUCACAGAGUAAAGAUGGAAAUGGGAGAAGAUGAUAGCUAUGAAAAAGGAAACUCAUUUGACUUGGAUUUUCAGUACACAACUGAUGGGGGGCAUAUUGAGGAUAAAAAGACUGAAAUCAUUGAUAUUGUUCAGCAUUACACUGAUGAUAAUGGAAUAAGAUCAUCUUUGAAAUAUGAAACAGGCGAGUUUUCUUUCAACCAGAAAAGCAAUCUUGAAGGACAUAUAGGUGCUGUACAUUUGAAUGAAAGGGAACAUGAAUGUCUCUUAUGUGAGUUUGCAGCCAAUCAGAAAGUUUGCAGAACACAACUGAUGGGGGGCAUAUUGAGGAUAAAAAGACUGAAAUCAUUGAUAUUGUUCAGCAUUACACUGAUGAUAAUGGAAUAAGAUCAUCUUUGAAAUAUGAAACAGGAGAGUUUUCUUUCAACCAGAAAAGCAAUCUCGAAGGACAUAUAGAUGCUGUACAUUUGAAUAAAAGGGAACAUGAAUGUCCCUUAUGUGAGUUUGCAGCCAAUCAGAAAGGUAACCUCAAAAAGCAUAUACAUUCUGUUCAUUUGAAUAAAAAAGAGCAUAAAUGUCACUUAUGUGAGUUCGCAGCCAAUCAGAAAAGUAACCUCAA